AGUGUAGACUAAGCUCCGUUCCCCAUUUGAACGCGCCGACUGCCUCCACCACCACCACCACCACCAGCAGCAGCAGCAGCAGCUCCUUCCCUGUGCGCCCUCCUCAUCAAUAUGCGCUUCAGCUUCUGAAUGUAUGAGCCUCGCACAGCCAGAGACGGCAGAGAACACAGGAGCCAGUAUCCAUGCCGUGAAGACGAUGUCUGCACAUCUUUUAUAUCUGACCCUAUCCAAAGCAAACUGCUGACUCCCCCCCUCCUCCUCCUCCUCAGUAGUCGACUUUCUCCUCCUUUUGGGCAAUCAAUGGAUUUACUCUGAUUUGAAGCGCGUCCGGAGCCGUCUCGUCUGUGAAUUGCUGCUGUUGCUUGUUGUAAACAACCAAAAAAGACAACAAAAAAAAGAAGGGUGAUGUUUGCUCUGCACCCUGCGCGUAAAUUCCGCGUCUUUUCCGCACUGGUUGUCGGUUCGAUUGUGUGUUGCGCGAAAAGCGUCAAUGAACCGGGCAACAUGUCUUUCGUGAAGGAGACGGUGGAUAAACUACUAAAAGGAUAUGAUAUCCGACUGAGGCCAGACUUUGGAGGGGCCCCUGUUGCAGUCGGGAUGAGCAUAGACGUGGCGAGCAUAGACAUGGUAUCAGAAGUCAACAUGGACUACACGUUGACCAUGUAUUUCCAGCAGUACUGGAGGGACAAGCGUCUAGCCUACAUAGGAAUCCCCCUUAACUUGACCCUGGAUAACAGGGUCGCGGACCAGCUCUGGGUUCCGGACACCUACUUCCUCAACGACAAGAAGUCCUUCGUCCAUGGAGUCACCGUCAAAAACCGAAUGAUCCGCCUGCACCCAGAUGGAACGGUUCUCUAUGGUCUCAGGAUAACCACAACAGCUGCAUGUAUGAUGGAUCUCAGGAGGUACCCCCUGGAUGAGCAGAACUGCACUCUUGAGAUAGAGAGCUAUGGCUACACCACAGAUGACAUCGAGUUCUACUGGAAAGGAGGCGAGUCGGCCGUGACCGGCGUGACACGGAUCGAGUUGCCUCAGUUCUCCAUCGUGGAUUACAAGUUGGUGUCCAGAAACGUAGUCUUUUCCACAGGUGCCUACCCUCGACUGUCUCUCAGCUUCAAGCUAAAGAGGAACAUCGGCUACUUCAUCUUGCAGACGUACAUGCCAUCGAUCCUGAUUACCAUCCUCUCCUGGGUCUCCUUCUGGAUCAACUACGAUGCAUCAGCAGCCAGAGUGGCUCUAGGAAUCACCACGGUGCUUACAAUGACCACCAUCAAUACCCACUUGAGGGAGACACUGCCCAAGAUCCCCUACGUCAAGGCCAUCGACAUGUACCUGAUGGGCUGCUUCGUCAUGGUCUUCCUGGCACUGCUGGAGUACGCCUUCGUCAACUACAUCUUCUUCGGGAGAGGGCCUCAGAUGCAAAAGAAGCUCGCGGAGAAGGCGGAAAAGGCCAACAACGAGAGGGCAGCCAAGUACGACGCCGCAAGGGAGGCAGGUAGUAGGACCGCAUCCCUAAAACGGUCCAAUCAGGUUAAAGGUCUUCGCCACUCACGCUCGGCGGAACAACCCGGCCACGGGAACAUCCUUCUAACCACCCUGGAGAUCCACAACGAAGUGGCGGGCGGUGAGAUCACCACCAGCGUGGCAGACAUUAGGAACUCUCAGUCCAUGGUGCAGUUGGAUAGCACGGCCUCAACGCAUAUCCAGUACCGUAAGCAGAGUGGCGGCAUCGGCCCGCGUUCCGCCAGCCGCCACUCUCUGGACCGGGCCGCUCAGAUGAAACGCAGCCGUCUGCGAAGGCGAUCGUCCCAGCUUAAAAUUAAAAUCCCAGACCUGACGGAUGUAAACGCCAUCGACCGCUGGUCGAGGAUCAUCUUCCCUUCUGUUUUCUCACUGUUCAACCUCAUUUACUGGCUUUACUAUGUCUGAUUGGACUGUUUCGUUCAGAUGUUUGUUGUUGUUUGUCUGUUUAUUUCUUUUUAUCAUGUUGUUCCUUUUCUUCCUUUUUUUCUGUUGCUUUUCUACGUGAUGGAAUCUGUCAAGUUAAAGACUGGAACACUUCAAACCAACAAAAAAAAGACUACUGAGUUUCGGACCAAGUACUCCGCACAAUUGCUUUUAUAUUUGCAGUCUUUGAACCCUUAGUUCCAAGGUGUUUUUAUUUUAUAACGUAUGUACUGUAAUCGGGACUUGUGACAUCAUUUCCCAACAUUUCCCCCUGUGAGUGAUUUGUAAAUAGAGAGAUACAAAGCCAGCAGUUGAAUAAAUAAUGGAGCAUUUGCAAAAAAGAAAAAAAAAAAAAAGCACAGUUAUAACAAGAUUUUUCUAAAGUCAAGAAAUACAGAAACUUUGUACUACACCCAAGUUGAGAUAAGUGACGGCAUUUCCUAGAAGUCAAUGAAACACCCAUGUAUGUUUGACUGGUACCCUAUGCACUCUUAAUGCAUGUCAUGAUCAACUGUAGUGGACAACAACAAAAAAAGACUUUUGCCUUUGGAAUGUUAAUAUUUUACAAACUUCUUUAUAACAUUGAUAGCAUUGAUUUAGAAGCCGAUACCCAACUUCAAUAACUCUAAAGUGAGGACUCGUCCUCGGAUCAGGAUUGUGACUCAGGUUCUGGAUCUUUUUCCUAUUGGGCAUCUCUCAAGGGGACUCCCUUUUUUUUUGGGUAAUUUGAUAAGUAAAAAACGAAAGCACAAUAUCGAACAAACUGCCAUUUUUCACUUCUACCUUCUUGCAACAGCGCUCCAAGUGAUAGCAUGACAGAAUUGCACUCAAAUUAACAAACUUCCUCGAAAGAAACUGUUUAACUGACUUUAAUUUAAAGCACUGCCAAGGGCCGUUUGGGCGUCAAUACUCAAUUUAUGAAAUACGAUGAUAUUUUUGUACUUUGUGUCUUCAGGUAUUCAUUUGAUUCCCUAACCUGUCUUGUAUUUUUCGUUCUUUCUCGACACUUUGAUGAGUGGAGGGAUGACCCAUAUUUUUGUACAUAAGUACAUAGGUGUGUAUAUACAUAAAUGUAUAUAUAUUCUGUGUGUACGACCCAAAAUGAAAAUGAUCAAUUAUUGAGCAUUUUGUGAUUGUUAACUGACAAUAACUGUCAGAAUAUUUAUCCAGAAAAAAAAAUUCAACUUCAUAGCCGACAGGUCAGAUCCAACAUUUAGCUCUCUGAAUACAUGUCUUCAAUCAUCAACCCUUGUGACGUC